CCAUGCCAAUGAGUCAUGACUAGUCCAAUUUAUAUUGACGGUAAUGCACCAACAGGUCUCUGCUAUGGGAAAUUGGAAGCUGGAAUCCUAACUUUUGUUAUCCCCGGGCUUCUUCUCGGACAUCUGUCUGGUUUAAUGGAUAACAGCACAAAGUCAGGCCUUUUAGGAGUGUGGAUGGUUCUUUUCACCAUUUUUGCUGCAAGAAAAUUCCAGCAGCCCAUCAAGGAUGACAUUAGCGACAAAUCUAUUUUCAUGUUCAAUGCACUCCCUGAAGAGGAAAAGAAUGCUUUAAUCCAGAAGCUCGAGAGGCAAACUCAACAGAAGUUUGAGUAGACUG